UCCUCAGUAACAUCCGAGAACUGUUGUAGUGUAGACCUGUCUCCUUCCUCUGCCAAGGUUAAUUAAUUAACUGCUCAGGUUAAUUAAUGAAUUAAAAUGGAAUCGUGUCAUUCUGUUAAUUAUACAGAUAAUCAAUUAAUCUCUCCACCACGGAAUCCUUGUCACCUCCCUGUGUAUUCAACGCUAGGACACCUCAUUAAAAUUAUUGAGAAACUUCGAAACAGAGACUAUGCAGUGCCAGACAUAGACAAUGGUUUGAGGUGGUUAGAGCGUGAACAGGGCAGGGACAGGAUGGAGGGAAUCAGUGGGACUGGCCAAUCAAAACAGUUAUCUACUGUGAUUGGUACACUGGAACUGGAGCUCAGAAAACUACAACAGUCCAAUGAGAGUCUGGCACAGGAGAACAUCAGUCAGCACCAGAGUAUCAAGACCCUGGAACAGAGGCUGAAGCCUCUUAAUGAGAAAAAUAGGAGGUUUCUGGAGAAGAAUAUGGAGCUGACGACCUUAACUAGAAAUCUGAAGGACCAACUACAGAGUACAACAGAGGACAAUAAAAAACUGAAGGACCAAUAUGAGCAUUGUAAGAAGAAGAUAAAACAGAUGACUCAGCAGUUAAAUCAGGAGAAGCUGGAGAAGGGAACACUCGAGCUGCAGACUCAGAACUUACUGGAGCUCAAACAGAAAUGUGCUGACCAGGAGAAAGCUUUGACAGCUCUCAAACUCAGUGUACAGGAGAAAGACAGAAGGAUAGAGUUGGUACAGCACAGAAAAAGGAAGAAAAAAUCCCUAAGGCCUCAUGAGAAGGGUGUAAAGGAAACUUUUUAUGGCUAUGAUGAAGAAGACACAUCCCUCAGCUCUGAUAUUUCCCUCUCUCUAUCUACUGGGACCUUGUCUGAUGAGGAACUCUGUGAAGAGUUGUCUCGAUCAGAGAUAGAGAAAAAUUACCAGAAACUGAUGAAGGAACACUUGGAACUCCAAAGACUACAUGCCAUAUUGACCUCACAAUGUGGAACUAACCUUGACCCUCAAAGAGAACUCAAGCUGAGGGUGGACUUGGAAACAAACCUUUUCCAGUCACAGUGUCAGAUAGAGAAACUGUCAACAGAAUUAACAGACACAAGCAAGAGGCUGACUGCUGUUGAAACCAAAAAAAGUGAAAUGCAAGAGAAAAAUAUCAAGCUGACAGAAAAGGUCAAGCAGCUGGAGUUGGAUUGCUGUCGUCUGAGGGAGAAGCUGGAUGAAUCCAGGGAUCUUGUGGAGACAUUAGAAUUCCAGGUCAUGGAGUACGAGACAGAUAAUGUAGGAGCUCUUGAGACGAUCCCUGAAGAUCCUGCUGAAAUGAAUGGAGGAGAGCAUGCCUCCCGAAAGACUGUACCCAGCAGUGAAUUCGAUGCUUAUGUGGAAUCCUUGGAGUCCUCAGUCCAGGACCUUCAAUCCAAGGUCAGUCGUCUACAGCAGGAGAAUGCCUCCCUGAAGGAGCGCCCUAUCAGUGUCUCACCCUCAUUGGAGGAGAGAGAGGCACAGGAGGUCAUGACCUUAAAGGACUCGCAUACUCCAAACUCGCACUCACACCAACAUGCACUCACUACUCAAUCAUCACCGUCUCAACCUUCAGACCUCGUAGAAUCUCACAAUGACCAACUCAGUGUUGGAAACAUCAGUGAGCAAACUCACACAGCAGAAAUCACACACUCUCAAUAUGACCAAUCCAAUGCUGGGGACAUCAAUCAGCAAACUCAUAUCUCUAAUAUUGGCAACCAUCAAGAUGAAGAAGUCAGUCUUGAGAACUCAAAUCUUGAAGAUAAGUCAGACUCUGAGAUAACAGAAGACUCAUAUGAGAGUCUUGAGAUGAGUCAGGAUGUUCACAUGAGUCCAACUCAUGAUAUAACAAUUUGUACAGCUGAGAUUUUAGCUCUGAGAGUUGAUUUGAAGAAAUCUCAAGAUGAGGUUUUAAGUUUGAGAUCUCAGCUCGAGGAGAAAAUGACCAUAAAGGAGGAUAUAUUGGAAGAAAAUGCUGACUCGUUUGAGAUGAGAUUAGAGGAAAUGAGACAAGUCUGUGUUGCACUUCAAGACAGGGUGUACCAGGCCGAGACAGCUGAAAAACAGCUGAAAGAGAAACUCAAACUCGCAGAGUACACUAUUAAUGAUCUCGAGAGCAGUGAGAACAGUGCUCGAGAAAAUCUCGAGAUAUGUAGGAAGUCGGAGGUGGAGUGCAAGAAAUCCCUUAGCAACUGUCAAAAUAAGAUCCGAGAGCUGAAGGAGAUCAUCCUGGAUAAAGAUGUCAGCGAGAUGAAUCUCGCAGAAAAGGUGCAGUUUCUGGAGAAAGCAGAGGAGAUAGCAUCUCAGAAAAUCUCAGAUCUCGAGAUGCAGAAUCAGCUACUGGAGCAGAGACUUCAGCUGAAGGAGGAACUCGAGACUGACAUCAUGCUCGUCAAGACGCUGAAGGAUCAGAUUAAAGAUCUCGAGAUGGAAAACAAAGAUCUCACUGGGAAGGUCGCGGAACUGGAGGAAAAUGAAGAGAUUCUAAAAAUAAACUGGAUGAAAGUUGCAGAGAAUGAUGCUGAAAGAAUACAGAGCUUCGAAGAAAAAGUGAAUAACCUGGAAUUAUUAAAUCUAGAUCUGAGGAAGAGGCUUCGUGAGCAGAGAGAGAAAUCAGACCCUCCAAAUGCUCCAUCACUAGCUACAGAACUGUCAGAAAGUGAAAAAUCUAUGGAUGGAAAUUCUUUAGUUUCUCUGCAGCAGAAAGUGAAAUCAUUACAGGAGGAACUCGCAGAGACAGAGGAGAAAAAGAACAGUCAGAUUGAGAAACUCCAGGAUAAAAUAGCCACGCUGCGGGAAAACGAAAUCAAACUGAGCGAGACUCUAGCGGAAAUGGAACACACAGAGAGGGAGCUAAGGAACAGAGUGUCCAUGUAUGAACAGUCGUCAUCUAGUGAUAGAAUAAAACAUUAUGAAGGGAAGAUUCGGGAAAUGCAUCGAUCACGAGAAGAUCUCUUAGAUAGAAUGGACUCCAUGGAGGAACAUGAAGGAGAUCUCAAAAAGAGGCUGAAGGAGCUAGAAGAGCAACAUGAGUGGAAAGUGGAGCAGUUAGAGAAGAAAGUGGAGUUGAUGGAGAGAGAGAUCGCCCAGUACAUACAGCAGGAAGAGGACCUGACGUCCAGGAUCAUGGAAAUAGAGAAACACGAAGACGAACUGAUGGAAAAAGUGAACAAGUAUGAGGGGGAAGUUAAACUCUUAGAACAGCAGUUAGAGGAGUCCGAGGGGAUGAGGGAGGAAUUGGAACAAGAGGGUGAGAGAUUGUCAGAGGAAGUGAAUACAUUGCAGAAGGAAAACCAGGACCUGCAGGAAAAUCUGGAAAGUGUCAGCGAGGAGUUGGAACAAAUUCGUGUGGAGAAUAAUGACCUCAAUGAGAGAGUGAUAGAGUUAGAUUCUUAUGAACAGGAAUGUGAGGAAAAGAUGAAAGCUGUGGAAACGAAGUCUAGUUUGUUGGAGGAAGCAAACUGUAAGCUGAUGGAUCGCGUUACAGAAUUAGAAAGUCUGGAGAUGGAGCUACGCAGUAAACCAGUGAGUUCUUCUGUGAAUGUGAAAUCAGAUUCUAGUGAGGAAAAAAGCACAGACACGGAUGACUUGAACGCUCCAAAGGGGAGGAAGCUAACGGGGAUGUUUGAACGUUUACAAGAUCUAGAAUCGGAGAAUCAGAUUUACUCAGAGCAGCUCGUCACACUUCAAGGUGCAGAUGUACAGAAUAAAAAACUCAACGAAAAGGUGAAAUUGUUAGAAAACUCAGAGGAAAAACUGAUGGAAAGGGUGAUGGAACUAGAGGACCGUGAAGAUUUCUUGAUGAAGGAAAAUCAGAAACUCCGCAAUUCUGUGACAUUUACAGAAGUUCCAGAUAUCAUGAAAGAGGUAGCGGACCUCAGAGAGACAGUGGAGCUAUUGAAAGUCAAUCUAGAAAUGUUAAAGGGUGAAAACGAAGAUUACAAGGAACAGCUAAGUAUAGCGGAGGAAACAAUUCAGAGUUUACAGAAUGAGCUCAGUGUUCAUAGAACAGAAAUGGAAGUGUCCGAAACAAAAGUGACUGAGAUGGAGACAUCUCUAAAGAGUAUGGAGGAUAGUCUUGUGAAAGAAAAACAAUGUGUUCAGGAUUUGCGUGAGUGUGAGAGGAGUUUAUCAGUGAAAUUAAAUCAAGAAAAAUCUCGUUCAGAGAAAUUAGACAGUGAACUUUCUGAGGUGAAUCUCAAACUGAGGACAAUGGAGAGGGAGUAUGAAUCUAAAAUCUCCGAACUGAAUGAAACUCUCUCUAGUCAAUUAGUUACUGUCUCCGAUUUAGAAAAUUCACUGUCUCAUCUCAAACACAACGAAGAAGAGCAUUCUAGAAAAAUUUCUGAUUUAACAGAGGAAAAUAAUGCAUUACUGAAAGUGGUGAAAAUGAAAUCUGAUGUGAAUUGUGAUUCCGAAUCUGAGGAUACUUUUGUUCAGGACAAAGAAAAUCAGUUAAAAUUGAAUCAAAUCGCAACACCUAUCAGUGCUCAAUCAACUCCCAUAAAAUCAGACGUUAACCCUAGUGCCAAAACGGAACUCAUCAGUGAUAUCUCAAACAUAGAUUUAUCCGACGAAAAGAAAUGUGCCAAGUGUUUUAAGUUAAAUCAAAAAUUAAGUGAACAAUUGAAAAAAGAAUCCAUUCUUGUGGAAAAUCUCACUACUUUGAAAAAAGAAUUUCAAGCAAAGGAAAAAUCAUCGAAAACAUUGUGUUCCAAGUGUCAGGAAAUGGUUAGUAAUUUUUCUCCAUCAGUUUUGUCGGAAGACAGUUUCUUUGGAUUAAACAAAACGGAAGAAUUCAACAAGAAAAUGCAGACAUUACAGAAACAGUGUGACGAGCAGUCGUUGAGAGUCCGGGAGAAAGCCCUGGGGUGUCGGGUGAAGGAGUUGGAGGACGAGUUAGAGGAGUUCCGGAGAGUUCUACAGGACAUCGUACUGGACAUACAGAUCCGAUUCCAUGACGAAAUACAGGAAGUGGAUGACGAGGUCCCUCGUACAUUUCAGCUUCCUUCAGAUUUACCAGUGGUUCUGAACCCAGAGAUUGGGAAGGUGCUGGAAAAUCUUGUUCACUGUGUUGAUUGUCUCACCAAGACCAAGGACAAAUUCAGCAGUGGAAAUGAAGAAACCAGUAAGAAGAUAGAGGCCUUACUACUGAGUGAGAAAUCUCUCAAACAACAGGUCCAAGAUCUUCAGGAGCACUUAGCUAACAACAACAAUGGUGCUGAGAUCCGUGAUAAUCCGGCCGAGCUUCUGAGCAAGGUUACAGAACUGGAAGCUGUGAACAGAGAGCUGGAAGUCCGUCUGGAAUCCUCCGUCAUGUCAGAGAGAGGUCUGGAGAGUCCGGAGGAUGUGUUCCGUCAGAGAAUCUCAGAACUGGAGAGGCUGGAAAAACACCUCAAACAUCAGGUUUCUGACUUGGAAAAAGAUAGAGAAGAAUUACAUGAGAUAGCUAGGAAAGACAAAAACACGAUACAUGAACAAAACAUCCGAAUCCGCGAACUACAGCUUUCAGAGAAAAACAUGAAGGAACAACUGAACCGACUGGAUGCUUCGGAGCAGAGUUUGUUCAACAAAGUGGAGGAGCAGGAAGAUCAAAUCACUAAAAUGGAGGAUCGGAUAUCGGAGCUCAAGAUAAUGGAAAUAAGGCUGAAGGAACUUGUGAGGAAAUAUAAACUUGACGAAGAAGUGUGGCUAUCAAAAUCGGCAAAUCUGAACGUGACUUUGUCUGAGCUGUCGACGUCGGAGGCUCAACUGAAGCAGCAGUUAGAGAGUCUGGAGAAAGAGAAAUUAAAUCUUUCUGAGAAAUCAGAGUAUUUGGAGGAAAGGUUAAAAGAAGUGGAGAAGGCUGAGGCCAAUCUGUUACAAAGGACAAAAGACCAAGAAAACCAGGAAAUCAGUCUGAACAAGAAGCUGUCAGAUAUGCAGACAAUGGGAUCAAAUGCUGAAAAACAACUUUCAGAGUUACACAAUGCAAACAUUGAGCUCUCACAGCAACUGAAUCAUGUGAUGCAGGAGAAUAUGGCUAUUUCACAUCACAUGACACAACUUCAAAAUCAGCUGGCUGUUCUAGAUCAACAAAACGUUUCACUUCAUGCAGACUUAGAGAAGGUCAAUAAAGUUAAAAGUUCACUCCAGUCAUCAGGGAAAUCUUUGGACAAAGAGCUGGAAAACAGUAAGAUUAAAGAAGUGGAGCUGGAGGGAAAACUGAGACAGAAGGAGGAGUCGGAGGAAAUGCUAAAGGAAAAGAUAGGGAAUCUACAGAGGAGUGAGAACCGACUAAAGUACCGAAUCCAGCAACUAGAGUCCGGCUCACAGGUAAUUUCUGAAGUAAGUCCUUCACAAAGAGAAAAAUUACCUCGUAAGUUAGAGGAUUGCCAGAGAAGAAUUGUGGUCCUUCAGAAUCGGAAUGAGCAGCUCUGUAAGAAAUUGACCGAGUACCAGAAUCCCGAGGCCAACUUUGUGAAUGUUCCUGGCACAGAGCUCCGUAGAUUGAAGGCUAGGGAUGUUCUAUUGGAUCAGAGUGAGGCUGAACUUCACGAAGUGGAGAAGCUCAACUCACACCUGCAGAAAACCGUGGAGCAGUUGAGGAAUGGAAAGGAUGCUUGUGGCCAUGAAGUUGAAGUGGAAACUCUGAAGAAUAGGCUUCAUGAGAGCAACAGAACUAUUGUGUUACUCAAGGAGCUUCUAGAGGAAGGGCAGAUACCAAUGGGGCUUGAUAUUAAUGAAGAUAUACUCAAAGACCACAGUGUCCCCUCUCAUGCACGUAGAGAGGGACCAGGUCACCUGGCAGAGAGAAGGGUCAAAGAUCAAAGGUCAAUUCAGUCCAAUGUGAUUGGACGCCCUGUACAGGAACUGGCAGAUCAGCUGAUGAGCAUGAACAAGGGCAGACAACCCUUACAUGACCAGUCUGAUGCCGGUCAUAUGAAUGAGGAGAUGAUUCCUAAGGAAGUACAGGGUUUACAUGAGAAAAACCCCUACAGCUCGAUGUCUAACGAUGACCGUCAGCGUAGGGUGAACGACUUUGUCAGCCGUCUUGAGAAAGACGAGCUGUUUUCACCGCGGGAAGAAGCUCACUGGAGGCAAGUGGAAUCUCGUGUUCCCCACGCCCCAGACUCCGAGCGAUGGAUCCACGUCGGUAAAGCUACCAGUCUACAUUCCAGUGUGCCAAACCAGUCCCACCCCAGUAAUGAAGAACUGGUGCUAGGAUUAACCCUCCCAUCAGAAUUGGAGAGUCAGCAAUUUACACAGAAUGACACAGAUUCCAGCGGGAACAGUCCCGCAGUAAAACGAAGAAAAUUUCGUCCAGUUAAUGGAACAGAGCCCCACCUUACCCCAUCCUCAAUUCAUGGCCUGAACAAUUUCGAUGCUCCCUAUUAUAUGCCAGCUGUCAAUCAUGACAGUAUGGGCGGGGAGCCUGAGAUGCAGCAUUUGAUGGAAGAAUACAGAAUGAUGUCUCCACCAAUCAGGAUAGAGGACACAGCCGGAAGUAUCCCAGACAGUGGACAUGGAACCACCUCUGUGGGAACCACCUCUGCAGCCUCCACAGGGAAAUCACAGCUGUCACUGAAGGAGAAAAUAGCAGAGAUUGGAAAAUCAUUGCAGAAGCACCCUCUAUCCUGUGUCAGUGAUCUGUCAGAUGAUGAGAAUUCUCUGCUUGUCUGGAAAUCCAAGGCAAGCGAUUCCUCUCGAAGACUAGAAGAUGCUGAAAAAGAAUCUAAAUAUUUAAAACAAGAGAUAAAUAAAUUAGAAAAAGAUGUAGAGGAAAAAGCUAGAUAUAUUCUCAUUUUAGAGGACUUCAUAGAAAAAUUAAAAGCCCUGCUAGAGAUGAAGGAUUCUAAGCCAGACCGGGAGUUGGUUCAGAUUCUGGAGGCUGAGUUAAUUAAAACAUUGGAGGAACUCCAGGAUUCUGGGUGUCAGAAACUGGACUUGAACCAGGAUCCAGUGGCACUGAACACAGAACUGGCCAAAAAAGACAGGGAACUUACAGCUAAAACACACGAGGUGGACGGCUUGAUGCGUGAACUUCGUCAGUGGCAAGAGGAAUGUCGUUUGGUUGAGGACAUGCGUACUAAUGCUUUGGAUUCUCUCCGAUGUCUGGAGUUGGAGGUGUCUGAUCUACACACCACGGAGAAAGAUCUCAAAGUGUCCAAGGAGGCAUAUAACAAGCUACAGGAACAGUGCCAUGAUCUGGAAGCUAAGAAUGAACAAGUUUUACUUUCUGUGACUCCAUUGAAAACAAAGCUGGCCAGACUGAUGCAGAAAUGUAGGGAAAAGGAUGAUCUGCUGAGAAAACUAGGAGUAGAAUUACGUAAACUGAAGAUGGGCGGUGGGCCUGGCUCACUUCUCCAGGAGCUGGCCUUAAUGGAACAGAGAAUGCCUUCUGAAGAAUACAAUGUGCUGGAUGAAGGAUCUCCUCAGCAAGCAAACCAUUUGAGUAGACAUUCUGUGUCUAUGAUUGACCUGCAGAGGUCAAGAUCAAAUUCAUCUGUCAGUGACAGCCAGGACCAUAUUGCCCAUAGCGACACAGAAAUGGUGACCCCAAUUAUCCGUCGAUCAAACCACCACACAGAAAGACGACAGAGACUACUGCCUCCGUCCACACACACACCACGACUGCCACACAUUCAGGGAGGUCAGAUGUCACCUAGUUACGGUUCACCUAAUGAGUCACUACCUGUAGGUCACAUGCCACCAGAUCCGCUUUUUAUAGCUGUCGCCAAUUAUGAUCCUCUUACAUUCUCCAGAAGUCAUCGGCCAUCAGAGGAACUGAGGCUCCAGGAAUGGGACAAAGUCACCGUGAAAGGACCACUUGACGACACAGGUUAUUACUUAGCUGAGGUGAACGGUAAAACAGGACUUGUCCCUGCAGCUUACCUACGUCCCGCCAGCCUUGCUGACCAAAGAAAUGGACGAUGGAAGGGAAUAAUGGGACAGAAACCCCCAGCUUAUCUAGAUGCGAGUCCUGAGAGAAUUGUGGAGACACAUUAUCAACUUCAACAGUCACAAAAUAGAAGCGGUGCCCCUUUGUUUCCCAGGAUAAAUGGUCAUGUCUCGGAGUUAUCCCCCUUAUUUACCAGAAACUCUAGCACAUCAGCAAGGACAUCGGAAUAUCCAGAUCCACCCAAAGAUUUCCGAAUUGAAAAGGUCAUAAACCGGAACACUCUGAUGUUAGCUUGGACACCUCCAAAAUUUACUGAGAACAAUCAAAACAGAGGGGUCAAAUGUACUGGGUACAAAAUCUACUUAAAUGGUCAGCUUCAUCAACAAGCCAGCAGUCCUCACAUCGCCAAAACCAUCGUCAAGAAUGUAGACACCCGCCAGCGUCAGGCUUUCAGUAUACAGACCAUAGGAUCGGGGGGACAGUGCUCUGAUGUUGUGGAAACCAUCCAUAAUGCUCCAGUUGCAGGUGACCUUGAAGGCCCAGAAGAAAACCCAUCAGCUGUUAGGAGUCAUGAGGUGUACUCUUCCUCACACAAGCGUAUGUUUGUUGGUGUAUAUGACUUUGUACCAUCUCCUGGUAAACAUGGCCGACUGGAACUUCCGUUUCAGGCAGGGGAGAGAAUCCUUGUCUAUGGGGAGGAAAGAGUAGAUGGAUUUUACUAUGGGGAGAUCAACGGACGUCGAGGAUUGGUGCCUGGUUUCUUCAUUGAAGAGAUUCCCCACACUUUAACAGAUAACUCCUAGUGUCGAGCUAACCACUGCCAGAAGGUUGUGUCAGAUUCUAUGCAAUAAUCAACCAAUUCAUCUAGAAGCAAUUCAUGUCCACACUAUUGAGCGACGAAUCCUUACUUUUCAUUAGACACUUUUUACUUCAGUGCUGUUGCACGGUGCAUUCUGCAAUACAUCAGAGGUCCAUCUCAUAUAUUUUUAGAAAGAUCACAUGCAAUGUUUAGGACACAUUUGAUAUAAUCUAUUUUUAAAAUAUAAGUUUGCAAUAUACAUGUACCUAAGUAUGAUUUAUAUUUUUAUACUUUUCAAACAAUUUUGUGUUUUCUGUAAAUUUUCACUACAAUGGUAAUGUUGCCCAAAGUCAAUCAUUCAGUGUUAGCAAAACUAAUAAAUGUCUUCCAUUUAUGUAAUGUACUAAAUAAUAUGAAUAGCAUAUAUUUUAGUACAUCUGCUAUUGAAGGACUGUUUCAUCAGCAGCAUUUCUCAUUAACUUUUGAUUCACACGUCAUUUAUUUUCCCACCUUUGAUGGCAUUUAUCUGUAAAACUUCCACAUAAAUUUCAAGGGCACCCGCUGUAAAGAUUAUCAGAGAGAGACUUUGUUACAGAGGGGCUUUACUAUUGAGUCCUCAGAUUAUGGCAUUUAUUUAUUGUUAUUUCUAUGAAUGAUAUUAAAUACAUUAAAGUAUAUUAAACCAA